CCCUGCAGGAGUGACACCGUGACGCUGAUGAGUGUACACUUGCUGUCACGCGCUAGUAUUGUGACUGGCUGUUCUGUUAAAGUCUGUGGCUAAACUUCAUAUCAUCAGACUUUUAGGCUUUUAAAGGUAAACAUUUUGAACAAAAUGCACACUGGGUAUAGGUGUACACGUCGCGGGCUAAACAGCUAAAUGUGGAGUACUGUUGAGUGUGAAAGAAAGGUUUGGAUUUUGGUCAGUUGACCACCCUCAACGAAACAAGUAAACCGAGCCAUGGCGCGCAGGGAUACAAACGAGAGCACCCCUCUUUUGGAGAACUCAGUGACUUCAACCAGAUCAGAGCCAGUGUUUAUAGGCAGGAGACUGGCAUGUGCUGCUGUGCUCCUGACAGAGUCUUUAGAGAGAAUGGCUUUUUAUGGCAUCACCUCAAACCUGGUACUCUUCCUCAACCAAAGCCCCUUCUACUGGGAGGGCACUUCGGCCAGCCAGGCCCCGUUGAUGUUCAUGGGGGUCACUUAUUUGAUAUCACCCUUUGGUGGAUGGCUGGCAGAUGCGUGCCUUGGCAAGUUCGUAACCAUAGCUUUGAGUUUAGUCGUCUACUUGAUCGGAAUGCUGCUUUUCCCAUUUGUGUCUAGCGAUAACACCAGGAAUUAUCUUUGUGGAGAAGAGAUGGCAUUCCCGGUACAGCCAGCAGAGUGUUUUCCUGUUAAUGGAACUGUGCCCGCUAAUGUCACCUGCAUCAAUCGAAAGCCAUACUGUAGGCCUGCCAUCUACAGUGGCCUGGUGCUGGUGGCGCUUGGGGUCGGAGCUGUGAAAUCAAACAUCACUCCAUUCGGGGCAGAUCAGGUGAAAGAUCAAGGUCCAGAGGCAACUCGGCGGUUCUUUAACUGGUUCUACUGGUGCAUUAAUCUGGGGGCAAUCUUCUCACUGGGUGGCAUAGCCUACAUUCAGCAGAACAUCAGCUUCUCAAUUGGCUACAUCAUCCCUGCUGUCUGUCUCGGCGUGUCCCUCUUUGUCUUUCUUUUGGGACGUACGGUUUUCAUCACUAAGCCUGCGGAUGGAAGUGCCUUCAGUGACAUGUUCAGGAUCCUGGGCUCCGCCCUUUGUGGACGUGGCCCAAAAGAACCCAGCCUGCUCAGGCCAAAGCCAACUCUGUUGGACGGUGCCAAGGUGACAUACGGUGGCCGAUUUCCAGAGGAGAAAGUGGAGGAAGUGAAAUCUCUGGUUAAAAUACUUCCUGUUUUCCUUGCCCUUAUUCCAUACUGGACCGUGUACUUCCAGAUGCAGACCACUUAUUAUCUCCAAAGCCUCCAUCUGAGAAUUCCUGGAGCCGAUCCCAACAUGACAGACUAUAACCCGAACACCUUCCAUUUCCCAGCGGCUUGGCUAACAAUGUUUGAUGCUGUGCUGAUCCUGAUGCUGAUCCCUCUCAAGGAUAAAGUGAUAGACCCCAUUCUGAAACGCAAGGGCCUGGUGCCCUCGCCUCUGAAGAGGAUCGCUGUGGGCAUGUUCUUUGUGAUGUGUUCAGCUGUGGCGGCUGGCAUUUUGGAAACAAAGAGGCUGGAGAUCAUCCACACACAAGAUCCCAUCCAGCAGACCAUCGCUGAAGCUACCUACUAUGCAGCAGAUCUGGCUAUAUGGUGGCAGGUGCCUCAAUACUUCCUUAUUGGCGUCAGUGAAGUCUUUGCUAGUAUUGCAGGUUUGGAGUUUGCGUACUCUGAGGCCCCGCGCUCUAUGCAAAGCGCUAUAAUGGGCUUGUUCUUCUUCUUCUCUGGCAUCGGCUCAUUCGUGGGAUCUGGACUUCUUGCUUUGGUCUCUCUUAAAGUUAUUGGCUGGAUGUCCUCACACACAGACUUUGGAAACAUCAAUGACUGCACACUGAAUUACUACUUCUUCCUCCUGGCGGCCAUUCAGGGAGUUACCCUCCUCGUCUUCCUCAUCGUAUCUGUGAAGUAUGACAAACAGAAACCUAAAGCAGGGAGUCUGAACAACUCAUGACCACUAUCAUGAAACACAGCAGUACUCCUCCACCGCCAAAUCAUGUGCCACAACACUGGCCCUUAGUAUUUUAAAAGUGGAGGUAGGCUUAAAAAUAAUUCACUCAAAACUCAAACCCAUUUUAUUUACUUAAACUGACCUUUUACUGGUGACUUUUAAUACUUUAUAAUUUGACCAAAAGCAAAAGUCAAGUGAUCAUUUGCUAAAUUGUUUAUAUAUUAGACAGUUCACUCCAUCAGCAAACUAUAAUAUGAAAUUCAUGUUUGCUAUAGAGUGUAGUGUUUUUGUGCAUUUUUUAGUUUACAGAGUCAAAAAUAGAUGUUUGGGAGUUUACAACUGGGUUAUAAAAAAUGUUUUCUUGAAUAUUUGGAUUUGAAUAUUUAUUAAAUCUUUUGAUUGUGGUUUGCACUAAACAAGGUAAGGCGGUACACUGUUGUUUUUACACAUCUUGUUUGUGGUACUUUUUAAACCGUUUUUAAGCAAGUACUUUUUAUUGAUUAACACUUCUCUUCAUAUAUGCAGUCCAGGAACUAUUUGCACUGUAUAAUGUAACUGUGGUCACUUAUUAAUACUAAUGUCUACCAGAACAGCAAUAUGGUUUUCUAUUCAAUAUUGAAAAUAAGUAUCUAGUGAAGUGACUUGUUACUGAGUACAUACAGUAUUGUCUAAACUAAAUAAUUUUAAAACUGAAAAUUGCUGUUAGCACUUCGAUUAAACCUGUACCAGAUGUAUGGCAUUAUUUGAAAUUUUCAUUUUAUUAGUAUUCUGUGAGCUUGUUUUAAUGAUUUCGCGUCUUGUGUCGUAAUGUCAAGCGCUUAUAAUGGUUAUGUUACAAAUCAUAACAUCAGACAUCAUAAUACAUUUGCUGGUAUUAUGUUCACCGCUCAGUUUAUGUCUCUACUGCAAUAUCUUUUUGCAAAUGCAAGAGUCUUGCUGCUUAUUUGUAAUGGUCUGUGACUUUUAUAGGAUUAUACCAUACAAUGCCUUUUAAUAAUAAAGAAAACUCAAGGUGAAGUUAUGACAUGAAAUUACAUUUGUACUAAUCUGUAGUAUAUUUGAAAUCAUGAAUUUUACAUUCUGGUUUGGCAUUUCUAGUGUAAACCUGUGCGUCGUGAUGCUGCAGGGUGCUGCUUGAUGUAAAUUAGCAUUAACUAAAUCUUUUUGGUGACUUUUUGGUAACAACACUUGCAUUAUGCUGUUCUGUUGGCUUUUUUGUGUUGUCACAUGUAGGUAGUUUGUAAGGUUUGAGCAACAGUUUGUCAGAAGUCAGAUUGUGCCUUUAAUGCUAAAGUUGACCUCCAUCAAUGUGAUGCAUUUCUUACUCUCAUCCUUGUAUCUCAAAAACAUAAACAACCUGAUUGUAACAAUAUAAUGACUGUUAUAAAAAUCUUUUAGGUCUGUUUUUGUUAUUACACUCUCAGAAAGAAAUGUACAAAAGCUGUCUCUAGGGUGGUACUUUUUAAAAAGUACACAUUUUACCUUAGAGUUACAUAAUGGUACCAAAUGUAUACAUAUUUGUACCUAAAUAUUACAUAUUAAGGACUUUAAAAAGGGUACCAUCCCAGUGACAGGUUUUUCUUACCAUAUUUUCUGAGAUUGUGGGAAAGGUAUACAGUAUUUAAAAAGCUUUAAAAAUGUUUGCUAAGCAAAGCCAUGUUUGUUUUCAUAAAAUUGUAAAUUCUCUUAAACAUUGAAGUGUCUAUGAAAUGAAAUACUGUAGUGAAUCUUUCUUUUCUCUGUAUUUCUUGCUUGAAAGGCAAUAAAUGGUCUGUUUUUACUUCAUAAAUUG